AUUGGAUCUACGAUGGACCAAACUGUCCAAUCAGCUUGCUCCAUUAAAUAUGGCAUGGCGCUCCGUAGGCGCCUUGUACUUAGCCGCGUCAAUCCGUCAGUUCAGCGCACCAUCUUCCAGCUUCUCUUGGACAUGAUGGAGAAACAGAAACUUGAUCUAGUGAAACUCAUCCGACCGAGGAUGCUUCGGAGUGACAACAACAGCGGCGCAAUAACGCUGGGUACAUUCAUUGCAGAACUGCUCAGGGGAACGCCGGAGCCUGAAUGCCUAGACUCGGGUAAGGCGACAAAAGAAUGGCUCGCAUGGCUCGAUACGUAUGCCGCUCACAUCGAAUGUGAGAAAACCGGCGGCAAGUGGGCUGGAGACGAAGCGCGGAGAUGGCUGCACAUCCUAGCUCUGUGCUAAGGCAGUGGUUGCUUGAGGAGGCUGUCAAAAAGGUCGAGACUGGCCCCGCGAUUAACAAGGGCGUACUUGCGGAAGUCAUGCAGGUAAGUAGCUCAUAGGGAUUUUGCCUACUGGUGGUCGUGAUUUGCCACUCAAAUGGUGUGUUCGUCGUUCAGACCGUGGGGGCGCGUGGAAGGAAUGACGGUGGAGCUGUUCUAGCUAAAUGGUCUACGUUGCACGCAUCGCCCUCCAGUUACGAUUCAAUUAUCGAAUGGAGACACUCGGUUCGUGCGUAUCUUACCCGCCUCCACAUUCAAUUUGUACUGUGUGCUCCGUAACUGUACCUGCAUGGUUACUCUUGUCUUCGGGGUGCAUAAGCGGAUGCAGACGACAUCCAACAUCGUCGGCGUUAGCCAGCAUUAGGCCGGG